AUGCGGUGGUUUCUUUCCUUGCUUGUCCUUGGGAUAUACUAUGGAGCUGUUCAAGCGUUAAGUAGCUCUGGCAGCCGAUUACUGGUGAUUCAGGAGGAGUCUUCUGAAAAGCCCUUAUAUUCUACAUUUUGGGCUGACCUUGAAAGUCGGGGCUACUCAAUAACCUUUACAACUCCAAAGGACGAGAAGCUCUCGCUUUUCCAGUAUGGCGUUAGGGCAUAUGACCACCUCUUGGUCCUACCCCCGAAAUCCAAAGGACUUGGGCCGGCUUUGACGCCCAAGGCUCUCCUCGACUUUGUCAAUGACGAAGGAAACAUCAUUCUCGCCCUUUCUGGAGGCUCGCCGACUCCCAGUUCCAUAACAUCCCUCCUCCUCGAGCUCGACAUAAGCCUUUCUCCCGAUCGGGCCCCCGUAGUCGCGGACCAUUUCAAUUAUGAUACAGUGUCCUCCGCCGAUUUCCAUGACACCCUACUCAUUUCCCAACCUGGAAAACUGCGCCCAGGGGUGAAAAACUAUUUUGCUGGUGAUGGGAUUCUCGCAUUUCCGAAAUCUGCCGGUCAGCUUCUCGGGAACGCCAGUCCUCUACUUGCUCCUAUCCUUCAAGCUCCCGAGACGGCAUACUCGUAUGAUGCCAAAGAUAUAGAUGCGCCGGUAGAAGAUACUUUUGCAAUGGGAUCGCAGAUUGCUCUCGUCUCCGCUAUGCAAGCGAGAAACUCUGCGCGUGUCACUGUUCUGGGUUCGGUUGAGAGCUUGCAGGAUAAAUGGUUCUCAGCUACCGUUAAAGGACCAAAGGAAGGAAAGGAAAGUAAGACGGCGAAUAGGGAGUUUGCGAAGCAGCUUACGGCCUGGACGUUUAAGGAAAUUGGUGUCGUCAGAAUGCGAAAAAUACAGCACUAUCUAAGCGAAACGGCCUCCACAAGUCCCGCUCUUCUGAAUGAUUCUAGCCCGACUAUGUAUCGGAUCAAAAAUAAUGUGACCUUCAACAUCGAACUCUCGGAGUACGACUACGACCAUUGGGUUCCCUUCAAGGUACCUGAAACCGAUGCCCUGCAGCUUGAAUUCGCAAUGCUUUCGCCUUUUCACCGAUUGAACCUCAAGCCUAUCUAUGAGACAGAGAGCGGUGCAGUUUACGGGACCUCUUUUAUUCUUCCUGAUCAACAUGGCAUCUUCUCUUUCCGAAUUAAUUAUAAACGUCCUUUCCUCACCAAUGUGGUUGAGAAACACGAAGUUACAGUGAGACACUUUGCACACGACGAGUGGCCGCGCAGCUGGGAAAUUACUGGUGGUUGGGUCUGGAUUGCUGGAUUGUGGUCGGUUGUUGGUGGAUUCUUGGCCUUUGUUAUGGCAUGGCUCUAUUCGGCUCCGCCGAAGGAAGAAGAUCCGGUGAAGAAGAAGCAGUAG